AUGUCGCGUCCGGGGGUGAAGCACGUCGGCGCGCACCCGCCGAACGCGCUCGUCGCGGCGGCGGCGGCGCUGCUGGCGGCGGGGCUGCUGCUGCUCGCCGUGCUGCACGCCGACCUCCUCCCCGCCGCGCGCCCCUCGCGCAUAGAGCCCCAGCGCCCGCGCCUCAAGGUGUUCCUCGCGGCGCUGCCCGCGGAAUUCAACUUCCGCCUGCUCAAGGUGCGCGCGCGCCCCUUCCCCCCCUUGAGGGUUCUUCUUCCUGCCCCCUUCCACCUCCCCGCGCCUCAUACCUGCGCCUCUCCCUCCCCCUCCGCCACACCCCGUUCCGCCCUCUCGCUAUCCCGCAUUGAUUUUCCCUGCCACGUCACUCCAUGCCACGUGUGCCUGCAGGGGGAGUGGAUGAGGGACCACCGCGUGCAGCUGCUGACUCAGCACGGCAUGCCGCCAGCGUGGGACCUCACCCGCCCUGCGGUCAACUCAGCUUCCUCCCCCGCCAACCCAUCCGACACCUUAGCUGACGUGGAGGCGCGGUAUUGGUCGAAGCGGCGGUCACACGCACUGGUGCCGGCAUUCCCAGCAGUGCCAUUUGCAGCGGAGCACAGUGCAGAGUACUGGCUCACACUCUCCCUGCUCUCCGGUACUCCCUCCUCCGUGCACCUCGUGUCGCACGCCCGCGACGCUGAUGUGGUGUUCCUGCCCGUCUUCUCCUCGCUGCUCGCCUUCUCAUUCAAUGCCACGCCCACCAACCCGGCUGCUCUGCUGCUUGCGCUGAAACCACCUGACGGGACACCUGAGGUCUCUGGAGCACCUAGCGCAGCAGCAGCAGGAGAGGGGUUAGCCCCAGUAUUCAUGAAGCCGCAUCUGAGCGAGGAAUUCAGUCAUCUGCUCGAUAGCCUCACCAAAUGGCUCCAUGUUCUGACUGCCAGCAGCAGCAAUAGUGGUGGUGGGAGGGCAGGGGUGCAGCCGCGAGUGGUGCUGCCAGUGAGCAUGCCACGUGCUCUGCCUGCCUUCCACGCCCUCCUUCCCUCCCUCUGCACUCUUACCACCGACUUCUCCUUCUCGCCCCUGCAGUGGAGGCAAGGGGUGGUGUUUGAGGCGGUGGAGCGGAGGGAUGAGAGCGAGGUGACCGUGGAGGACGUGCAGGCCAUGCAGCAUGCCAUGCGCCGCAGCCUCUUCUGCCUCGUGCCUGAAGGCAACACUGUAUCAUCAUCGCGUCUCUUCAACGCCAUGGUGAGCGGGUGCAUACCAGUGGUGGUGAGCGACAGCAUCUUGUUGCCCUUUGAAGACCUCAUCGACUACACACGCUUCGCCCUCUUCAUGCCCUCGCACCUCGCCACGCGCUCCGGCUACCUGGCGUCCGUGCUGCGAUUGGAGGAGAGCAAGUGGAGAGCCAUGUGGCAGGAGCUGCGGCAGGUGCAGCGGCAUUUCAUAUUCGGCAGUCCGGCAGCAGAGGGAGGGGCGGAGGACAUGGUAUGGCAGGCGCUGCUGCGCAAGCAGGCCCGGGAGGCCGCUGCCAGGGAGAGAGCCGCGUGGCAGGGGGGACACGUGGGUACCGAGGGAUCCGAGGGAGGGGGGAUCCAGGGCGGGGGGAACAAGGGCGGGGGGAACCAGGGAGGGCGGGAGGUGACAGGGGGAGGCGGGGCAGGGGGAGAUGGGGCGGGGGCGGGGGCAGGGGGAGGCAUGCUCGCUGCUGUGGGGCUCAAUGGCAGUGCGUGGCGGGUGAGGGAGCGAGGGGACUUCAUUGCUAUGCAGAUGGCAGAGGAGAGAAGAGAUGCAGGCAGGAGUAGGCGUGAUUAG